AUGAACCAGUUCAAGUCCAUAUUUCUCAACCAAUGGGAUAAUGUAUGUUCAGAGUUUAAACAAUUGCGACGUGCUACUAAUUCACAACCGUGUAUACGAAUCGGUGGUCGACAUGAUGAUUUAAAUGAUGUUGGUUAUGACAGACAUCAUCAUACAAUGUUUGAAAUGUUAGGUAGUUGGUCAUUCGGUGAUUACUACAAGGAGGAAACAUGCGCAUUAGUUUGGAAGUUUCUUACUGAAGUACUGAAUCUACCGACUAAUUCAAUUUAUAUCACAUAUUUUGGCGGUGAUCAGCGGAUAGGACUUCCAGCAGACGAUGAAACACGUAAUAUUUGGUUAAAAUUAGGUGUAAUGGAUCAAAAGAUAAUGCCAUUCGGUAUCGAAUCAAAUUUUUGGCGUGCAAGUCAAUCUAGUGGUGGGGGUUUGUGCGGUCCAUCAACAGAAAUUCACAUUGAUUUCAAAGCAUUGACUGGUGGAGAUCAAUUAGACUGUGCAAGAUGUCUAGUGAAUACUGUUAGUCCACAAGUUGUGGAGUUGUGGAAUUGUGUAUUUAUCACGCAUCGUAUUCUGCCUAAUAAUGAGAAUAAUAAUAAUAACAGUAAUGCUGCUGAAGAUCAUAUAAAACCAGAACAACUUGUACCACUAGCUAAAACAUUUGUAGAUACUGGUAUGGGAUUGGAGAGGUUAGCCUGUGUGAUGCAGGGUAUUACAUCGAAUUAUGAUUCGUAUGAAUUUCAUGAAUUAAUGGAAUUCAUCCAUUCGAUAGCUAAUUCAUCUGGUCAAUCAACUGUACCUGAAUAUCAAGGUCUAUUUUUCUCAUCUAAUCAACAUGAAUUACAAGAGAAAACGCUUACCAAGGAAUCACUACAGAAAGGAGAUGGAGGUGAUCAGUCAGCGAAUGCAUUUACCUCUUUGUGGCAUAAACUAUCUCAUGUAUCGUCAUCAUCAUCACCAUCAUCGUUGAGUGCUCUUUGUUCAAAAUCCCAUCUUGCUUCAGACCAGUCUUGGAAAGACAGACAUAGUGGCCAAAAUGAUCUUUUGGAUGUAUGGCAUAGAGAUACAGCUUAUCGAAUAUUAGUAGAUCAUAGUCGGGCCAUAGCAUUCGCCUUAGCUGAUGGUCUGCUACCUGGACGUCAAGGUUUAUCGCUUAAAAUUCGCCAACUGAUGUAUCGAGCAUUUCGUGCCUCAGCACUAACUGGUCUUGAUAACUCUCUGGUGCUCGACAGGAAUUCAUCGGAGAAAGUGAAAUCUCUACUUGGUGCUUUAGUGUGUCAAGUAGCUAAACAACAUGUUCACAAACUUCAUGCCUACUUUAAUAGUAUGAAUGCUGUAAGGGGACCUAAUUCCAGUGGGAAUUCAGAUGGUUUGACACCUGAACAAAUGGAAUCUGUCGUCAAUGAAGAAUUAACGUCCUUCGCACCUCGGUUACUACAAAUGGAGCAGUCAUUUAAUCGAUGUUUAGAAGAAUGCAAUAAUGAAAUACGAUUGUCGACGGAACGAGUAAUGAAGCUUAUGAAUGGUGAAUAUGGUUAUCAUUUAAGCUGGGAUAUGAUUUGUGCACAAUCACGGUGGGCUGGUCUUCUCCCUCCAUUGCCAUUAUCAACUGAAGCGAAAUCUUCACACGAUCAAUCAAAAUUGUCAACAUUUAAACGUUUCAAGGCAUCAAAUACUGCCAGUGUUAUUUCACGUCAAUUGCACAAUUCAAAUGUACCGUUCACAAAUGACUCACUGAAAUACAACUUCCAACGUAAAUCAGAUUCUGGUAUUGGCUAUACAAAUAAUCUGUAUGAUUUUCCUGAUUGUCAAACACAUUUAUUGGGAGUUUUAAUACCUUCAGGAGAAGACUUUACACUGAUAACAAAUCAGGCGGAUUUAAGUUCAUAUAUUGAAAAAUUGUCAAAAGAAAUACAAGAGAGUAUUACUCACUUGAACACCACUAGCAAGGAUUCAAUAGGCUUUAUUUUUGAACAAACUAAUUUUUUCACAUCAUCCGGUGGUCAAGACAGUGAUACUGGGUUUAUUUAUUCGCCUUCUAAGAUUCAUCAAUUUCAAGUGAACGGGACCACUUUUCUGACUGAUAAUACAUCCGCGAAUUCCCAAACUGAUGGCUGGGUGAUACAUUGGUGUCAAAUACCAAGUUGUGACGUCUUAACUACUGAUUUAAGUAGUAAUCUAUGCUUUGGUCAACCUUUUACUUUAAGUAUAGACAAAGAGCGCAGAUAUAAUCUCAUGUGUUCACAUACUGGUCAACACUUAUUCGCUACUGCACUAGAAUCAUUAGUAGUACUAUCAGAUAAUUCAAAAAUGUCAACAUUUCAACAUCAUGGUGGCGCAUCACAUCCAAGUUACUUUACGUUAAAGGCUGCUUUUGUUGGACCAGCAGCGGAUCAAAUGAAUGAAAAUUUAGGUGGAUUUAUUCAACGAUUAGAAGAAGUCUGUCGAGGCUUAAUCCAAAAGCGUAUCCCUAUAUCUGUUUGGAAUACAGAUGUGAGCAAGGCGACAAAAAUAAAAGAAGUAAGAUAUUUCCCAUGGGAAGAAUAUACCGAAAAAGUACGAACUGUGUGUAUUGGACAAGUGAAACCAACAUCCAAUGAUGAUGGACAUGUUGAUGAAUCAGUCGAUUUUACUUCUGUUAUAUCCGCUGAAUUGUGCUGUGGUACACAUCUUUCUCAACUGGCAGAUUUACAAGAUAUAGCUGUGAUUGCAGUGAAAGGUCGUCAAAACACUAUAAAAGAAUUCACUUGUAUUUUUGGUCAGUCUGCAAAAUCCGCUCAUCAACGUGCUAACGCGUUAAUUAAAGAAGGUGAAUUAAGACAGAAACAAGCAUUGAAUAAUCCUCAGGAAAUCGAAUCGAAUCGUAAUCGUAUUCAUAAUAAAAAAAUCGGUAAUGAUGGUGAUUGUGGUGACGUAAUCGAUGAUGUUAAAAUUCAACUAUAUGUUGACAAUUUAAGAGACCUGAUUAUAAAGAAUAAAAGUAGAAUCCCCGAUGUCAUUGUCUCAGGGUUCACUUUUAAUAAACCAGAUGAACUUGUCCUCGCUUUUCAACAACUCAAACCAUCUCAGUCAUUUGUUGUCUAUAAUAAGAAUGUAGCUGUUUGUUAUUUCCCAAGUCUACAAUUUAGUCAGACAGCAUUGAAUAUAGCUCAUCAGUUAGCUAAACAUUUAUCCGAUGAACAAUCGGUCGUUAGUAAGCAUUUAUGCGUCAAAGGUCGACCACUACGUUCUUCUUAUUUGAUGGCAAAUAGCAAUAAUGAUACUGAUCGAUAUAAAUAUGCAUUUCUUCAACUCUUGCCAACAUCAUCAGCUAAUACAACAACGACAACAGCUGAAGAUGAAGUAGCGCCAAUGCAUCCUUCAGACUGGAAACAAUAUCAUGAUUUAUUAUGGGACUGUGUCAAUUCAAUUCAAAUGAAUUACUCCAAUGAAGGCUGA